CGUGGCCUUGAAAUCUAUUAUCAAAAAACGUUUUUGAAAACCUUUAGCCACUGGUAGAAAUAUUUUCGUUAUUUUCUGAUUUUGAAGCUGUGAAAGUUGGUUCUACUUUCUAAAAUGGAGAGCAUCUUACAAAUUAUUGUAAAAUGUUUUCCAAUUGCAACGUUCAUCCUUUUCGCGGCAUUUUGUGCAAGUAAACCAAAAGAAGUUAGAAGAAGCCCAGCGAGAAAACUGACAAUGUCAACUUCUACUUUGGAAUCUGAAAAGGAGGAAUUGAACAGUGUUGAGAUGGUUUUGGCGGAAGAGAUCAAAAAGGAGGAAAAGGAACCUGAAAACCCAUUGAUUAAUGAGACAAUGUCAGAAGAUAGAAGUGUUGCAUGUGGAAAUAAGAGUGAUUCGAAGGAACUGAAAGAAAUGGUAUCUCCAGACAAGGAAAAGAAAAAAGAAGACUCGAAAGCAGAGCAAGAAUUCGUCCUCGAUGAAACCAAUCCACAUUUUGCUUUUCUUCUUGCUGGAGAAAACAGAGAUCCUGCUCAAUCAGUUCUUCACGCAAAAAAUGCAUUUGAACACUCGAAUGGAUUCAUGUGGACAAUGAAGAAGAGAUUGGCUUUUGAUGAAGGUUGCUGGAAACACUUGAGCCGUAGAAUUGGAGCUAUUAGAGCAGAGGGAUUCGAAGUCAGAGUGAACACUCGUCAAGCAAGGGAGAAUAAGCAAAGUGCGGAUCGGGAGACCAAAAUUGACCUCGUGUUCAACAAGUUUGCAGUUGGAAAAGGAAAGAAGAAGGCUGGUGGAGAGUGAACAGUGAAUACUGCUUUCAAUAAAUGUUUUUUCAAUUUUG